UUUUGUUUUCUAGUAUGUUCUAUACCGCUGUCUAAAUGCACAUCUUCUAGGUGAGCUGAUAUGGCGCCAUCAACGUCGCAACCUUCCAGUGCUAAUAUAAUACCACUUUGGGUCAAUCGCAUAAAACUCAUAGAAACAGAGAGUACUGGCAAGUCUGCAAGGGAUUAUUUUAAGGAAUGGAAGGUCCAUCCACAUUUAUUAUUGCUUCUUGAACGUCAUGGUAUAACGGAUCUAUUCCCAGUCCAAAAGCAGGUAAUACCAUGGUUGAUCAAUUGCGAUGUUUUGGAUCGUUUUUCUUCAUCUGCUUGUGACAUUGUUAUUACUGCUCCAACAGGUCAGGGUAAAACAUUGUGUUAUCUGUUACCUAUAGUAAACAGUAUAGUAACCCACAACAGAAGGGGUCUCUGCGCGUUGAUAUUAGCACCAACAAGGGAGCUGGUAAAGCAGACAUACGACUUUUGCACGUGGUUCCUUGAAGAUGACGCCAGCGUUUAUGACCUUAAAGGUGGCACUCUAUUAAGGGCUCAUUUGUGCUACGGUAGCACAUCAUUUGUCGAUGAUCAUACAUAUUUAUUGGAGCAUUCACCUCAGAUUGUACUGUUUACUCCUGGUCGUUUUGUAGAACAUUAUAACCAUCGCAAUUCAUCAUGUGGCAAGAUUCUUGACUAUUCCAGCAUUAGGUGGAUGGUAAUCGAUGAGGUUGACAUGUUACUAUCGCAGAGCUACUUUAAUUGGACAUCUGUUGUCACUUCAAUAUCACGAGAGUGUCAAGAGAAGCAGUCUCUGUUGGACACAAGUUUCCCAGUAGUCAGGCCGCAGAAGAUAUUGGUUUCUGCUACAAUUCCUACAAAAUCAGCUGAAAUAGACUUAAUUCAGUUAAACAGGCCAUUAUUAAUGAAAUCUAGAUCUCAGGCUCUUUACAGUUUACCUGCGAACCUGACCCAAUGGUACAUAAAGACUACUAAAAACAACAAGCCAUUGGUUUUGGCGAAGUUACUGUUGCAUAUCAUGGCAAAUGGCUCCACUGGUGACAAGACGAUCGUAUUUUGCUCAUAUCGUCAAACAGCACACGCCAUGGUUCGUAUGCUGGAAUUAUUUUCAAUACAUACGGGCCACAACUUACGUUCUUUAGAACUCAGUGCAAGCUUAUCGCAGAAGCAGCGUCACGAUGUGGUGGACAUGUUUCGUAAAGGAGAUAGUUUUUGUCUAGUAUGCUCUGACGUAGCAUCUCGUGGUAUGAACUUUAGCAACACUCGGAACGUGAUAAACUACGACUUCCCUACUUCCAUAGCUAAAUAUAUACAUCGCAUCGGUCGUACAGCUCGUGCCUAUGAGAGCGGGAAUUCAUACAUUUUGCUUACUGGGCAGCAGGUCGUUGGAUUUCAGAAAUUUACUUCUGAAAUUCAGGUCGGCCCUGAAGACAUUCACCAGCUUUGGGAGAAUCACCUCCUUGAAGGAAAACACGACGAUGAUUUGAAUAAAAUCUUUACAAGCAUUCAACCAUUGUUGGAUCAAUGUCUUAUGCUUGAGAAGAAGGGCAAGAUACAGCAUGAUGCAGCAUUACCAUCUAAUUGGACAUCACUCCUGGAGCAACCUGAUGACCCUUAAUUAUCAGCAUAUAUCUUUUACAUUAUGUUU